AUGAAAGAAAAUUUUAAAUUAGUUACUGAAUCAAUGCAUAUUGAUAAAAGCCGCGGCGAAGUAGAAAAUGCUUUGAAUAUUUCCCAAGAUCUACUUGAGAAACGUCAAAUAGUAAUAGUCGAUAUUGCAAAUGACCCUGUUGAUAAGAAAGAUUACCAGGAAGAUCUAGAUCCUACCUUGUUCCAUUCCGAAAAAACCGUUUUUGGUUGGACCGAUAAAUGGUUUGGUAUGACUAUGGAAGAUAUUCGUGCAUUAGAAGAUAAAACAAAACUAGACCUUGAUGAGUCACUGUCAAAACCAAUAGAAGUCUCAGAAGUUGAAGCUGGAGAAACGGUGGUUGUCAGGGCUUAA